AUGGCGCCCAAUUUUGUCAUCACAGAGCCCGUUCCGACGACGACUACCUACGUCCGUGCUGGUCGUGGGGGCGCAGGAAACACCUUCCGCGCCCCGCGUGGCUCGGCUAGCACUCCUCGCAUUACAUCGGCCGACCACUCCGUCGUGAGCCCUCCAUCGCCCUCUCGUCGCUUUUACAGUGGCAUCGGCGGAGCAGGCAACGUCCACAAGGCCGAGGAACGCCCCGCCGCAUCUCUUGACGACGAGCUUCGUCGCCUGGCUACCCGCGAGGACAACGCUUCGGAGCGUGGCCACUGUGGCAUCGGCGGCGCCGGCAACGUCUACCACCGCAAGCACAGCGACGCGAGCGCCUCGAGCAGUGACGACGCCCGCAGCUCUAUGAGCUCUGUCAGCUCCAGGUCCAAGAUAUGGGCUCAUAUCACUGGCAAGGAGCUGUAA